GAAGAAGCAUAAGUUUCAGGGACGGACCUUGUGUGCUCUCUCUCCAUGGUUUCCUACGGCACUGCAUCUUUCCUUACACAAGCUGAUGCGUUGUUGAGGAAGAACCUGAUCUACCAGAGAAGAAACAUCAAGCAGAACAUCAUUUUGACCAUCUACCCGGUAUUCCUCUGCUUGUUAAUCAUCUCCAUCCAAUCAGUUGUGAACAAUGAACUGGACAAGCCCAGAUACCAUUGUGGCUGCAAAUGUAUCGAUGCAAAUGGAUCGGGGACAUGUCGCGAUGUAUGUGGAGUGCAGUUCUCAACUUCCAUUCAGGCAAUUGCUUGCCCAGUACCAAGACCCCAGGAGUGGCCUGCUCUAGUGCAGGUGCCCAGUGCUAAAUAUAGAGCAGUAAGGGCAGCCUCCCACAACUUUCGGGGCUUACCUGAUGGCUCCUGCUUCAAGGAUCUCUCUUGCGCAGCAACAUCACUCUUCACUGGACAAAAUGAAUCCAUUGCAAAAAGUCUAGUGAAGAGGAUACUCUUAAAUUCAAUUCCAGAGAACAAGGAAGAUAUUUCAAGCUUUGUUUCUGUAGCUUAUCUUGGAACAAACAGCAUUCCUGGUCCAGACAACUAUGUAGAGCGCGGUCUACUCUCUCAAUCCCCUGUGCACCUUAUUUUACCUCUCUGCUCAGUAAAGUUUAACCUAACAGUUCCAGUAACUAUAGGUGAUGUUCAAAAUAAAAAAGGCAGGUAGCAUUACUUGGGAGAAUUAAUGAAACGAAAUUGGAAGAACCAUAAUAUUAGUUUCUUUCUUCGCAGAGGUCAACUGCAUAAAAAACCUAUAUCUUUGGCGUGAAAAUUCAUCCAUCAUCAACGAAGAAUUAUUUCAAGGUUAUCGGAAA